UUGGCGCAAACCAAUCAAAACGAGGUAGAACAGACGUCGUUCAAAUCCCCACAAUAACAAAUCAGAUUACCCGGCGUGCGUUUCUUCGUCUCUCACCCUUCUCUUUGCAGCAACCGAAACAUCCUUUGCAAGUCUGAACCCUAACAAUUCCCAAUUUCAGGCACUUCUCGGUUGGGUCAUAUUAGGGUGACCGCUUAUGCCAUGACAUGAACGCCUAAAAAGAAGUUGACCGGGGAGGAUGCUGAGAGUGAAUGUUCCAGAUUACAAUCCAGUGUUUCAUUUUGGAAGAUGGUUAAUUUGGUCAAGUAUUAGUGAUAUGCAACAUAGGUGAUUUGAUAAGAACUGAAGGGGGGGCACUUGGAUUCGCUGCUUAUUAUGAUUUGUGAGAAAGAGAUACUUGUGUUGUUGCGGGUUAUUCUUGUGCAUAGCUAGGGUUGUUUGUUGGUGUGAAGUAUAGAAGCUGGCCCCCAGGGGCUAUCUGAUGUAAUGCCACACUCUUUCAAGGUCAGGGCAGUGGCUAUGUUGGAAGCUGUACAGGAGAUUGCCAUCUACAUUCAUAGAUUUCACAAUCUUGACCUUUUUCAGCAGGGAUGGUAUCAGAUUAAAAUUACUAUGCGAUGGGAGGAUGAUGAAAAUAUAUCUUUUGGAAUCCCAGCUAGAGUUGUUCAAUAUGAAGCUCAUGAUCUGGGUCCGAGCAGUAUAUAUGGAAUUUGGAGGAUUGAUAACACAGACAACAGUUUCUCAACGCAACCCUUUCGGAUAAAAUAUGCUAGGCAGGACAUUCAUUUAUGUAUGAUGAUCUCGUUUAACUUAUCCCUUAGUAGAUUUGAGGUUUUACCUACAACAGCUGUAAUUUUAAAGUUUGAGCUUAUGUACGCUCCCACAUUUGAAAAUGGUGCUGACUUGCAAUCUUCUUUGGAUGCUUACCCUGCUGCUAUCCACGAAUUCCGAAUUCCUCCUAAAGCUCUUUUAGGGUUGCAUUCGUAUUGUCCUGUACAUUUUGAUGCUUUACAUGCAGUGCUGGUUGAUGUCAGUGUACAUGUCAGUUUACUGAAAACUGCCUCUCACCAGUCUGCAUCGAAGGUACCCAGCAAAUCACGUAAUGCUGAAUUUGUUGCUGAUACAAGUUAUGGCACACUGAACCAAGGUUUGAGUGACGUUACAAAGUUGAAAAAUAUCAUGGUUGUUAAAGCAUUAUUAACAGCUCAUGAUAUAUUACUUGAAGAACUUCAAAAAUUUAGCAGGGCAGUUGAUCAAGCUAUUGAUGUUUCAGAGUUUGUGUCAAAAAGGGAAAAUAUGAAGUUAAUAAAUUCUGUUCUGCAAGCUAAUCAGUUUACAACAGGUGCUGAAAUUUCAGGUCAACGAAAGCCACGAAAUGGUCUUGAGGGAGGAAGUAGUGCUCUAGAUUUUGUGAAUGCUGAAAAGUUUCGUUCCAUGUCAAAGAGAGAGCUGUUGGACUGUUAUCAUUCAGUGGGAAAUCAAUUGUUGUAUUUAUGGAACAUAUUUCUGAAGUUCCACAGGGAUAACAAAACAAAGAUUCUAGAAUUUUUGCGUGAUACAUGGGCCAAGGAUCGGAAAGUUGAGUGGUCAAUAUGGAUGGUGUACUCUAAGGUAGAGAUGCCUCAUCAUUAUAUAAAUAGUGGGGCUGAUGAGUCUUUCAAUCGUCACAGAAGAGUUUCCAGUUUGUGGAAAUUAUCUGAUGAACCUCAUCAGGCUGCUGCUACACGAGCAGAACUUCAUCGAAGGAGCAUUGCACAAAUGAGGAUUAACAACCGGUCAAUUCAAGACAUGCAUAUAUUUGGAGAUCCUUCAAGCAUACCAAUUGUGAUUGUUGAGCGUGUGAUGAAUGCACCACGUCGAACUAUCAGUGAGAAUUCAUACCUGAGACAUGUAGGACUUAUAAACUCACAUAGCUUUCAAUCGGGAACCAACUUGGACACUGAAAACAAUAAAUCUACUCCACAAAGUAGUACUCGUGUAUUGAAGAUUGUUGUCUUUGUGCAUGGGUUUCAGGGGCAUCAUCUGGAUCUACGGCUUAUACGAAAUCAAUGGCUUUUGAUAGAUCCGAAGGUAGAAUGUCUUAUGUCCGAGGCUAAUGAAGAUAAAACAUCAGGAGACUUUAGAGAAAUGGGUCAACGGCUAGCUAAGGAAGUUAUUUCUUUUGUUAAAAGGAAAAUGGACAAAGCCUCAAGAUAUGGGAAUCUAGGAGAUAUUAAGCUAAGUUUUGCUGGGCAUUCUAUUGGUAACCUCAUUAUAAGAGCAGCACUAGCAGAGAGCAUGAUGGAGCCCUUUCUAAGAUAUCUAUAUACAUAUGUUUCGGUAUCUGGUCCCCACUUGGGGUAUCUUUACAGUUCAAACUCUUUGUUUAAUUCUGGAUUGUGGCUUUUGAAGAAACUACGUGGCACACAAUGUAUUCAUCAACUCACCUUCACUGAUGAUCCGGAUAUUCAAAAUACAUUCAUCUAUAAACUGUGUAAGCAGAAGACCUUGGAUCAUUUUAGGCAUAUUAUCUUGCUAUCUUCCCCUCAGGAUGGUUAUGUGCCUUACCAUUCAGCUAGAAUUCAAUCAUGCCUGGCUGCUUCACAUGACCAUUCAAAGAAGGGUAGAGUGUUCCUAGAGAUGCUGAACGAUUGUUUGGACCAAAUCCGUGCCAAUCCCUCUGAACGUCGAGUUUUCAUGCGUUGUGAUGUCAAUUUUGAUGCCACUGCCUAUGGCAAGAAUUUAAACGCUUUAAUUGGGCGGGCAGCUCAUAUUGAGUUUCUGGAGUCUGAUAUUUUUGCUAGAUUCAUAAUGUGGUCCUUUCCAGAACUAUUUCGAUAGUUUCCUGCCAUUGGCCUUCUUUGCAUUCUGGUUUUCUUAACCAUUCAGACUGACAUAAGCUUCCCCUCACUCAUUAGCAUCACAGACCAAUUGUGGGCUUGUGGCCAGAUUUCAGUCACUAGUCAUUCAAAGAAUGACAAUCACCUUGGUAUGCAUAAUUUGGUAGCAGGAUAUGGACUUCUCAACUGUGGAUUUAGUCGGCUUCAAGAUGCUUAUUUGCAACACGUGUGUAUACAUAUAGCUUUAGGAAUUUAGGAUGUAAUUAUUUUAGGUUAGGUAGAUUGCUGUUAAUGUCAUGCUUUUACCGUGUUAUAUCCAAAGCCGUUAACAUACUGAAAGAAAGGAUUAAGCACGCAAAUGAACGCAAUAACAUAAUUGAAUAUACAAAGAAAUAGUGUGUUUUAAAUUUACAAAACUGAAUUCUCACUUCUGUUAAUUUAGUUUUCUUUUCUUUGGAGGAAUA